ACAUCACUAACCUUUAAAAGGACGACAUCAAUCGCACGUGCUUAAAAGAUCCGAAGUAAUAUCACCUUAUUAUCACAUCAAAAUGCCGAAAAUUAAGACUGAGAAGAAAUCAAGAGUGCACAAUGAAGUUGCUAAACAAGGGAUUAUGUUUAAUAAGGAUUUUGGUCAACACAUUCUCAAAAAUCCAAUGAUAAUUACUGCAAUGCUUGAAAAAGCUGCCCUAAGGCCAACAGAUGUUGUUUUGGAAAUUGGUCCUGGUACAGGAAACAUGACAAUGAAACUACUUGAACAAGCAAAGAAAGUUGUUGCAUGUGAAAUUGAUACAAGGCUGGUUGCUGAGCUCCAAAAACGCGUUUUAGGUACACCAUAUCAACAAAAACUGCAUAUAAUGGUUGGUGAUGCACUUAAAACAGAACUUCCAUUCUUUGACCUCUGUGUGGCAAAUGUGCCUUACCAAAUCUCUUCACCAUUAGUAUUUAAACUUCUAUUGCACAGGCCAUUCUUCAGGUGUGCAGUAUUAAUGUUCCAACGGGAAUUCGCACAGCGCUUGGUUGCACAACCAGGCGAUAAAUUAUACUGUCGUCUUUCAGUAAACACACAGUUGCUAGCGCGCGUUGAUAUGCUGAUGAAAGUAGGCAAAAACAAUUUUCGACCUCCACCGAAAGUUGAAUCAUCUGUCGUACGGAUAGAGCCACGAAAUCCACCGCCACCGAUUCCUUAUCGAGAAUGGGACGGCUUAACACGUAUAGCAUUCACAAGAAAAAACAAAACUUUAGGAGCAGCAUUUAGACAAACCUCUGUAUUGACAGCGUUAGAAAAAAAUUAUGCACUUCAUUGUAGUUUGAAUAAUGUGACAAUACCGGAAGGUUUUGAUGUAAAAGCCAAAAUUGAAGAAAUUCUUACUGAAGUUGAAGCAGAUCAAAAACGUGCGAGAACAAUGGAUAUUGACGACUUCAUGAAAUUAUUGCAUGCAUUCAACAAGAAUGGUAUACAUUUCUCAUAACUUUUACGCGACUCCAAAUAAAAAUACAUAAAUCGGUAUUUAAAUAAUUGUUAUACAAGGAAUAAAUAAAAGGCAAUAUCGUGCCUUUAUGAAACGUU